CAGUCCUCAGAGACCGUGGGUUAUCUUCAGUAAAGAGGGUGUCAUCUACGUUCGUCCAGUUUCUGACUUCCAAGCCGCCAAAAUGGAACUGUCCAUCCUGACAAUUUUUCUGCUGUGUUGUGUCGCCUCCCUACUUCUGUAUGUGUGGUACAUGUCCAAAGACCAUGGCUUAUUCAGGAAGCUGGGACUGCCUGGCCCCACCCCUUGGCCUGUUGUGGGCAACAUGAUGCAAGAGAUGGGCGGAGCAGGGCUGUUUGAUUUCCACGUCAAGAUGUACAAAAAGUACAAGAAAAACAAGGUGUAUGGGGUGUUCCGGGCAAAACAACCCGCCCUGAUAGUCUGUGACCUUGAUAUGAUCAGGGACAUCUGUGUUAAGCACUUCAACAAUUUUGUCAACAGACAAACCUUUGACGUGGAACCCCCACUGGGUAAUUCACUCCUGGAGCUUAAAGAUGAUCACUGGAAAACUGUCAGAGCCACAGUAAGCCCCAGCUUUAGCACGACCAAACUUCGCAAGAUGUACCCACACAUUGUACGCAAUACCCAACUCUUGCUGGAGCAUCUUAAGGAGAAGCAUGAAAGAAACGAACCAGUGGAACUGAGAGAUCUGUUGUCAGCUUACACAAUGGAUAUGAUUGCAAGCACAGGUUUUGGUGUGGAGAUAAACUCACUCAAAGAAGGAGAGAAUGAAUUUACCAAGUCUGGAAAAGCUCUUCUGGGGAGCUUUGGACGCUUCAUUUUUUUGGCCAUGUUUGUUAACUUCUUGAGACCAGUUUUUAAAUUCCUAGGUAUAACUUUGAUGCCAAAAGAUGCCACUGAAUUUUUUACUCGUUUUAUUGACAAGGCUUUGGAGAGCAGGAAACAUGAAAAAGGUGGAGGUUCUGGACGUAGCGACUUCAUACAAAUAAUGUUGGAUGCAGAGCACGAAGACCAUACUGAACAUGGAAAUCACGCAGUAAAUGAGGAACAGGAAAAUGGGCACAACACAGAAACAAAAAAAGUUCUGAGCUAUUCAGAUAUUCAGGGCCAGGCCUUUGUCUUUUUCCUAGCUGGUUAUGAUACCGUUGCUACUGUGCUGUCCUUCACCAUGUUCCUGAUCUGCAUGAACCCUGAGUGUCUAAAAAAAGCACAGGAGGAAGUGGACAAAGUGCUUGAAGGGAAAUUUCCAGAUUAUGACUCUGUCCAGUCUCUGCCCUACAUCGAAAUGUGCAUGAAUGAAGCUAUGAGGAUGUACCCACCAGGAUUCAUCUUGGAUCGGAUUUGCGAUAAAGAAAUUGAAAUUCAAGGAAUAAAGAUUCCAGCAGGCAUGAAUGUCACAUUCCCUGUGCAUGCUAUUCAUCACGACCCAGAACUGUGGUCCGAGCCUGAGAAGUUUGACCCCGAACGAUUCACUCCAGAGAACAAAGCAGAGCGUCAUCCCUAUGCCUUCUUGCCGUUUGGACAGGGUCCGAGGAACUGCAUUGGAAUGAGAUUGGGUUUGCUGGAAGUAAAGGUUGCCGUGGCUGCCAUGCUGCAGACUUUAAGCCCUGUACCUUGUGAGAAAACAGUGUAUCCCUUUACCCAGGAAAAGUUACAGGUCAAGGCUGUUGAAGGCCUGUGGAUCAAGUUUGAACCCCGAAAAAAACUGGUUGGAUAAUUGGCGUGCGAGUAUCACAAACUUGAUUAUAUGUACGUAGGCCGACGUUUUAAAUAUAAUAAUAUGGUGCUCGUAUUGCAAGUCUGAUUUGCUUUCUUCAUGGUAUAACUGUUAAUGCUUUUUUAAAAAGAUUAAUUUAAAAAAAUAAAUUUCCCGUGUAGCAUCCAUAGCCAUUGCUUAAAAGUUUCAGCACUUUUUAUAUAUUCUUUUCAUCUCCAGAUUAUCAAAUUUCCCCGUUAUCAUCACAAAUGUUUUAUUGAAAGCUUACUAGACUCAAGAUCUAGUUAGAAACAGUAAGGAUUUGAGUUGUAAAAAUAACUUAUUUUAGGCACCACUGAUUUCCUACUACCAGAGCUGCCUGCGUCGUUGAGAGGGAUACAUACAUGUAGGCCUACAUUGAAACAUUGUCUAUGAUUCUUUAUAUGGCAGGUUUGUCUCUGAUCCAAAACAAAUCUAAACACACUAUCUGUAUGUCCAUGAUAUUAUGCGUUUGACAUGAAUGAUAUUUGAACUCUUUUUGUGCUAUUAUGAAGAAAAUUUAAUAUUUUUCUAUUGUAUAUUGUGAUAGAGAUUAUAAUCACAUUUUAAUUUUUACUGAAACAGAAUCUGGUCUCUUGUUUGUGCCAGGAAUUGUUGUACAGAAAAGAUAUGUUUUAACUUGUGACUGAUUCUCAUUUAGCACCAAGUCAUCGCUCUUGUUUGUCUUUUAAUUGUUGCUUCCGUUUUCACCAGGAAAUGUCAGCUUUAAGGCUAAGGUAAGGAGGGGGUCCCAGGUCGGGGCUGAAAUCGUUAUUACAGAGCUUAAGGACUUGAAACUUUUAAUGCAAGAGCUACUACUGACGAAAACAUUAUUUUGAGAAAAAAAAAAACAACCUAUAAAG